AUGUUACGAAGAAAUGAUGUGAAGACGAAACUCUUUCUACUCUACUUUGAGCAACCAAGAUCCGAAUUCUAUGCACGAGAGCAUUUAGCAGAGAGAGCUCGACUAUUCUAUGAUGUGCCGGAUCGACUCAAGGGCUUACUCAACACACCAUUUCUCGUAAAUGACCGAGUGAAACGGUGUGUUGAUCGCUAUGGAAAGAAGACUUCUUUAGAAGAAACGAUCGCCAAAUUUGCGAACAAUAUCCAGGAACGAGUGUCAACUAUUGUCCCCGAGUUUGGACCAAUCGAUUGUCAAUCACUUUCAUAUUCAAACGAAGAGUCGCUACGAAAAGAGUUGAACGAUUCGCUGAACUCGGAAACGCUAAAUCGUGUAAUUUUCUUGCCACUCUACCCCCAUUUUCAUGGUUCUCGAACGGGAAUCUUAUUGAAUCGAGUAGCCGAUUAUCUACACAACAAAACGAUACAAGGACCAUCGACCUCCGACGAGAAAGACAGUCUACGAAUCAUCGCGGGAACGAGCGUUUCAUUCACCGUGAGCACGAUUCAUCGAUGGAGUGAUCAUCCUUUUCUCACAAACUUUUGGUACGAACAAUUGUCAAAGAUUCGUCAAGACUACGAUGCUUUGCUUUUUGUGGCUCCGAAUUUGAAAGGUAAACACUCCCAACUCUACCGCCAAUCGGUGUGGGCCACUUGUGAACGAAUCAUGGCUGAAUUGGACUUUGCUGUUCCAUAUGAUCUUGCAUAUUUCAAUGGAUGGAAUCAAUGGAAUCUUCCGAUCAUUGAUGGAUUGAGUCUCAAGGCACGUCAUUUUUCUAAACUUCUUCCCAAUGAGAAGAAAGUGGCGAUUGUACCAAUCACUUCAUUUCACUCAACUUUCGACACUUACUCGAUUCUCCCCGAUCUCGUCGACAAAAUGGAAGGCUAUUCCCUUGUUCAACCGCCAGAAGAUCCCUCAAACUCGACGAUUUUGGUGAACGGAUUCGCCGAACUUAUUAAGAAUCAUUUAUUGGGACGAAGGAAUGCCGAGCUAAGACUUCUGUGCAAUACACAAUCGACAACAAGAAAAGUGUUCGCUCCUCGA